GGGGCCGCUCCGCACCGCCCCCCGCACACAAGUGCAGUGCCCGGCGGCGGUGGGGGCUGCGCGGCGGGGCCAUGCAGAGCUGCGGGCGCUUCUGGGGGCGGCUGGCGGCCCGCGGGGCCACGGGGCACCUGCGGGCGGCGGCGGGGGGGCAGCGGCGCUGGGGCGGCGGUGAGGCGGCGCGGUGCAUCGAGCAGCUCCUGCCGCGGCACGAUGACUUCUCCCGGCGGCACAUCGGGCCGCGGGAGCAGGAGAAGAGGGAGAUGCUGCAGACCGUCGGGGUGCAGAGCGUCGAGGAGCUGAUGGACAAAACCAUUCCGGCCAGCAUCCGGCUCCGGAGGCCGCUGAGGAUGGAUGACCACGUCUGUGAAAAUGAAGUCCUUGAAACUUUAUACAAUAUUGCAAGCAAGAACAAGAUAUGGCGGUCUUACAUAGGCAUGGGUUAUUACAACUGCUCAGUGCCUCAGCCCAUUGCACGGAAUUUGUUGGAGAAUGCAGGAUGGGUUACCCAGUAUACUCCUUACCAACCUGAGGUAUCCCAGGGCAGGCUGGAAAGCCUGCUAAAUUACCAGACUAUGGUGUGUGAUAUCACAGGAAUGGAUGUGGCUAAUGCAUCUUUGCUGGAUGAGGGGACAGCUGCUGCAGAAGCUAUGCAGUUAUGUCACAGACACAACAAAAGAAGGAAGUUCUAUGUAGAUGCCCGAUGCCACCCUCAAACUAUAGCAGUGGUUCAAACCAGAGCAAAUUAUACGGGUGUUAUUACUGAGCUCAAAUUACCCCACGAGAUGGAUUUCAGUGGAAAGGAUGUCAGUGGAGUGUUAUUUCAGUAUCCGGAUACUGAAGGGAAGAUUGAAGACUUCUCUGAACUUGUUGAAAGAGCUCAUCAAAAUGGGACUCUCGCCUGCUGUGCUACUGACCUUCUGGCUCUCUGUAUUCUGAAGCCUCCUGGAGAGUUUGGGGUGGAUGUUGUCCUGGGUAACUCCCAGAGGUUUGGUGUGCCACUGUGCUAUGGGGGACCCCACGCAGCGUUCUUUGCUGUCAAGGAGAAUCUAGUGAGAAUGAUGCCAGGCAGGAUGGUGGGUGUUACAAGAGAUGCAAGUGGAAAGGAAGUGUACCGACUUGCUUUGCAAACACGCGAGCAGCAUAUCAGGAGGGAUAAAGCUACCAGCAACAUCUGCACAGCACAGGCUCUUCUGGCCAAUAUGUCAGCCAUGUUCGGUAUAUACCAUGGGUCUGAUGGAUUAAGACAUAUUGCGCGACGGGUACACAAUGCUACUCUAAUCUUGGCUGAAGGUCUCAGACGAGCUGGUCAUAAACUACAUCAUGAUAUGUUCUUUGAUACCUUGACAAUCACAUGUGGAUGCUCAGUCAAAGAGGUUUUGGACAGGGCAGCUCUUAGAAAGAUAAACUUUCGAAUUUAUAGUGAUGGCAGACUUGGAGUAUCACUUGAUGAAACUGUAAAUGAGAAAGACUUAGAUGACAUAUUAUGGAUUUUUGGUUGUGAAUCUUCUUCUGAGCUGAUUGCUGAGGGUAUGGGCGAGGAAACCAAAGGCAUCCUCAGCACCCAAUUUAAGAGAACUUCAAAAUUUUUGACGCACCAGGUUUUCAACAGCUAUCACUCUGAGACAAAUAUCGUGCGGUACAUGAAAAGAUUAGAAAACAAAGAUAUUUCCCUUGUUCACAGCAUGAUUCCUUUGGGAUCCUGCACAAUGAAGCUCAAUAGUUCAGCUGAACUUGCACCUAUUUCAUGGAGAGAGUUUGCCAACAUCCACCCUUUUGUGCCCCUGGAUCAAGCUCAAGGGUAUCAGCAGCUUUUCAAGGAUUUAGAGAAAGACCUGUGUGAGAUUACUGGCUAUGACAAAAUAUCCUUCCAACCAAAUAGUGGAGCCCAAGGAGAGUAUGCAGGCUUGGCUGCAAUCAAGGCUUAUUUAAAUGCUAAAGGAGAACGUCAUAGAACUGUGUGCCUUAUUCCUAAAUCUGCUCAUGGUACAAAUCCAGCAAGUGCACAAAUGGCAGGGAUGAAGAUUCAGCCAAUUGAAGUGGAUAAAAAUGGGAGCAUUGAUAUCUCCCAUUUAAAAGCAAUGGUGGACAAGCACAAAGAGAACUUGGCAGCCAUCAUGAUCACAUACCCUUCUACCAAUGGUGUGUUUGAAGAGGAGAUUGGAGAUGUGUGUGACCUCAUUCACAAACACGGAGGACAGGUUUACUUAGAUGGAGCAAAUAUGAAUGCUCAGGUGGGUCUGUGUCGUCCUGGAGACUACGGCUCUGAUGUCUCUCACUUAAAUCUUCACAAAACCUUUUGCAUUCCCCAUGGAGGAGGAGGGCCUGGAAUGGGACCAAUUGGAGUGAAGAAACAUUUGGCUCCCUACUUGCCUACCCACCCUGUCAUCAAAAUACAGCCGGAUAAGGAUGCAUGUUCUUUGGGUACUGUCAGUGCUGCACCUUGGGGUUCCAGUGCUAUAUUGCCAAUUUCCUGGGUGUAUAUCAAGACAAUGGGAGCAAAGGGUCUGAAGCAUGCUUCUGAGAUUGCUAUACUGAAUGCAAACUACAUGGCAAAGAGACUAGAGAAGCACUACAAAAUCCUUUUCAGAGGAGCAAAAGGUUAUGUAGCCCAUGAAUUCAUUUUGGAUACAAGACCUUUCAAAAAAACAGCAAACAUUGAAGCUGUAGAUCUUGCUAAGAGGCUUCAGGAUUAUGGUUUUCAUGCUCCAACCAUGUCCUGGCCAGUGGCAGGGACACUUAUGAUUGAACCAACAGAGUCUGAAGACAAAGGAGAACUAGACAGAUUUUGUGAUGCAAUGAUCAGUAUUCGGCAAGAAAUUGCUGAAAUAGAGGCAGGCAGGAUGGACCCCCAAAUUAACCCACUAAAGAUGUCACCACAUACUCUGAACUGUGUCACUUCUUCCAAGUGGGAUCGUCCCUAUUCCAGAGAAAUGGCAGCAUUCCCACUGCCAUUUGUGAAGCCUGAAAGCAAGUUUUGGCCCACAAUUGCUCGCAUUGAUGAUAUAUAUGGGGAUCAACAUCUGGUUUGUACCUGCCCACCAAUGGAAGCCUAUGAAUCUCCAUUUUCUGAACAGAAGAGAGCAUCUUCUUAAGACUGCUUCCAGCUGCCUGCAUUUCUGACUCCAUCAGGAUGGCCUUUUCCUGAUUUCCUGGGGAUAUGUAUACUGUGUAUAUUUUGGAUAAUCACCAUGUUUGUUAAUUGAAUCACUGCGCAGUUCAAAUGUAAAUACAAUCAGUAUGUUAGGAGUAAACAAAAUGUGACUGUUUCUCAGCAGUUGAUGUUGAAGUUACCUUGAUUCAGCCUUUUGUCUGUUUAGUGCUAAAGUUUUAACAAUUAAUAUCCAAUUUGCAAAGUGGCAUGGAAGAUAGGGUUUUAAAAGUAGAAAAGAUGCAGAUACAUAGGGCAAUACUAAUGAACAUUAACUGCAGCAGUAAUUGUUUACAUUUUGUAAAAAAAUGAUGAAGUAGGUUUUUAAUUUACUUCACGUAUUACUACUAGCAUUGCAAGUGUUAGUAUUUCAUACUGAUUUUUUUAUCUACCAGUAUUAGUAGUCUAAUAAAACUAGUAAGAAUUUUAAGUGUUGUCAUGUUUUGGAUGUGAACUUUUCAGCUGGAUUUGUCCAGCAGAGCAAUAUGAAAUUAUGAAGCUUAAGUUCUUAUUUGUAAGAAUUGCCACAGCAGUAACAGCUUCUACACAAAGGAAAACAGAAAGAUUAUUAUUGCAACAAAUCAGAGAUUAUUAUUUCAACAAAUCUCUGAUUUUUUCAAUGGUCUAGAAUGAUCCAUUUUACCAAGCAGUAACAAACAUAAUAUUUUUCUGUAUCACAUCAAUUUUUCCGUGUAGUUCCAUGUAGUCCUUUCUUAUUCUGGAGAAGGCAUGAAAGAUCUUGUUAAACAGCCUGUAAACUGCUUAGUAUGACAGAUCUUGGGUAACACAAAGCAGGAAUUUUGGUAGAUGAGGAAACAGAUACUGGGAUAACAUUUGGACUGUGGAAAGGAAGGCACAGUUUUGCACCUUACAACCAUGCACUACUCAACCUCUUCUUGAAGGUCCACAUGCAUUCACGCCUGGGAACUCUUUCUGAAGUGACACAAACGAAGCUCGUGUUCACAGCACUGCUGAAAGUGCUGUGCUUUUGUGUCCUUUACAGUGAAAGUUUGGGGACUGCAACUUAUGCAUUACCUACCUACCCUAUGACUUUAAUUAGACAAAGACUGCAGAUGACAAGAAGGUUUAGGAAGAUAAGGCCAGAUACCAGUUUUGAUAUGAAAAGCUGCACCUACAUCCUACACCACCUCAAUACAUAGUGAAGAAAAUCAGAAUUUUAUACCCAAAAAUUUACUACUGAAAAGGGCGUCUUUCCGUAUAUACUGAUAUAGCACUAAGGACAUAAAAAAUCAUGAAAAAAACACUGCAAACUUGUAAUGUGAGGAAAGGACAGUCUUUCUCUGUUGCCAGUCUAACUACACAGUUUUGUCAAGCUACUUCAGUAUUUGCUAAAAGCAGUUUCAUGUUGCUCGAUUACGCCUGCCAUUGGAAAAGAUAUACGAAAAACUUGGUUUACAUAUUUUUGUAUCAAGCAGAUGAUAACUUCCCAUUGUUGACCUCAAACUGACAAAUUUAUCUCAUCAAUUAAUUGGUAAAAACUAUCAAAUGGAAAACAAAGCACUAAAAUAUUUCACAACACUUCAACUAAAAAGUGACAAG